AUGGAAUGUAGUUUGUGCAAAAAGCCUACAAAUAAAUGUUGCUCUAGAUGUAAAGUUAGAUAUUAUUGCAGCCAGACAUGUCAAAAAGAAGACUACGCAAAUCAUGUGCUUAGUUGUCCACGAAGAUCAGCAGACAUUCUUGCUAAAAAUGUUUUUCAAGACCGGAUGCCCACAAAUCCCGCAGUAUUAUAUGAAUAUGGCUUUGACAAUUGCAAGAGUUCUCAAGAUCGAACGAUGCUUUUGGGCAUGUACAUUGGCCUUAUAAAAAUUAUAUGUAGCGCUUCUCAAGUACAUUCAUGGUGGGAAAAUGUCGAAUUAUCGCUUAAAAUUAAAAAGGCAUAUGAUGAUGGUGGUUAUACCAGCGAAUAUUAUAAUUGGUUCUUAAGAAAUGAACAUAUAUUACAAGGUCUGCAUAAAUAUGAAGAAGAAAAAUCAUCCAAAAUUAUAUUAGAUAAAUUUUUAUCAUUUGCUAAACCAUAUCUUUCCAAACAUGACCAAGCAAUUUCUAUCGAUUCUCUUUCGAAAUCGAAGCUUAAUGUUUGUGUUCUCUAUUCAGGCAUAAUUCAAGAUUUAUACCAAGGAUUGAAGAACGAAACUGGAUUGACUUUGGAUUUUGUACUUGUAAAAUUGGGUUGUAAGAUCGAUGAAUUCAAUGAUGCAUACAUGUCCGGAACAGUGCUAGAUUUGUUGAAAAGAAAAUGUAACAAUUAUAGUUGGUUAUCAGAAAGUAAGAUAGAAAUUUUUGGAUAUAACCAACAAAUAAAGAGCGUCUAUUUUCUCAAGCAAUAUGUUCUAUGCGAAUCCGUAGAUCUUAUCCCUUCUGUAAAGAAAUUGAUCACUAAUCCUAAAUUUGAUUCGCUUGAUUUACAUAAAGCUUGUACAGCAGGAAAAAUUUUUGAUUAUGUGAGUUCUAUUCUUCCUAAUGAAAAGUUAAAAGCUGAUCUUUUUAAAAAUCC